AACAUCGCGUGCUUUACACACCAAGAACAGGAAGUGAUGGACUGUUAUGAAGAGUGAGUUUUGGAAUACAGUCACGGUUCGGAAGGUGCUUCUUCAAACAUGUAUAUCUUCCAGGUGGCUGCGUUAUUGAUAGCGUUGCUAUAUUAUGGCAAUGCUCAAACGUCUACUGUCGCUGUGAACCCUACCAUCCUGGGUUCAGAGCUGAGCGCAGACGGAUUGAAGCAGCUCGCUGCGAUAGUGGCGCCGCAGUCGCCCGUGUUUCACCCUAGUCGCAGUUCCUAUUUUUCUCUCAAUCUGUUGUCGGCGUUUCCAGAAGAUCUGGAGGUCAGCGAUUACUGCGUCGAGCUGCUGGCUAUUUUUGGGCAGCGGUAUUCAACAUAUGUCAAUUGUUUGGUGUCCGCCGCGCGUCCUGUCAAAUUGUGCCAAAAUUGUUAUGGUUCCUACGACAACCUUAUGGAUAUUUACACAAACAUAUCAUCAGACCAGAUUGGCCCAGGGAAUGUGAGCUGCAGAGACAGCCUCCUGCGUUCUGAUAGGCUGAUGUUGGUGUUCCUCCUCUACAACAACCUGGAGGACAUCUGGACUGGUUCAGAAUGUAACAGUUGUGUAAGCCUGGGACUCCACAGCCUGACCAAUGACACCCUUUACUUCAUGGCCACUCUCAACCAGUCCCUCAGAUGUUUUGAGAAGUUCCAACAGGGGAACCACUCAGCGCUAUGUAAGGAGUGCAAGGCCACAUACAGAGGACUGAAUGAGCUGUACAGCCGCAUGGAGAAGAAUCACACACUCUGCAUAGACAUCGAGGACUCUAUGAAUAUGACCCGCAGACUGUGGAGCAAGAAUUUCAAUUGUUCCUUCCCCCGGGCAGAGAAUGUUCCUGUCAUCGCCGUGUCCAGCUUCAUGCUCUUUCUGCCCAUCAUCUUCUACUUGAGCAGUUUCCUUCACUCGGAACAAAAGAAACGCAAGCUCAUACACCCCAAACGAGCCAAGUCCAACACCAACCUCGUGAACAUCCAGGACAGGUUAAGCUGAGGAGAGAGAAGGAUAAGGAAGAAAUGGAAGAGGAUGAGGAGGAAUGUUCCUUUGGUUUGUCCAAAACCUCUCCUGGAUGCAAAUGUCAUUUCCUCUGUGACUGUGGUUUCAACCAGUUCUGUAAUGACAGAGAAGUCAAAAAGAGCUCCCCCUGUGGGCGAGAAGGAUGCCAAUCAUCAGUAUUUUUUUCCCUAAGAUAUUAUAGCAAACGGAAACAACGGAAUAUUUGUAACAGAAGAUUAGUUAUAAUUGCACUGUUCAUGUCCCGCUUUGAACCGCCUACCCCCACCCCACCCAUUGCUUCUACAACAAAAUUCACACAAUAGGAAUGCACCAUGACCUGCUGCUGAUUUAUAAGCAAUGGGGAGUUAGUCUAUUUUUUGUAUUUAAUUAUAUUUGUGUCAAGAGAUGAGAAAUGGAUUGUGACACAGACUGGCAGACAGACAGAAAGCACUUGAUGUCUCUUAGAUGUGACACAUACCUACCGUGUAAAAGUGGAUGACAGCUGAGAUGGAGAGAAUCUUUUAAAAUAUAUUUACACUCGGGUCCAAAAUUAUUGGUCACAUUUGGGAAAGAUGAGCAAAAAAGACUAUCAAAUAAAUAAUACUGGUGCUAUGGUCAGAUGACAUGAAAAUCAUGAAAAUCGAGCUCUUUGGCCACUCAUACCAGUGGUAUGUUUUGCAUCAGAAGAAAGAUGCUUAUGCAGAAAAUAAACCCCUCUACUUUAAAAUAUAGUGGUGGAUCUUUGUUAUGGGGCUUCCACUGGUCCUGGGGCCCUGGUUAAGGUCAAUGGUAUCAUGAACUUUACCUAGUACCAGAACAUUUUUGCCAGGAGGCUGAAACUUGGCCACAAAUAGACCUGCUAGCAAGACAAUAGCCCCGAGCACAUAUCAAAAUCCACAAAGAAAUGGUUAAUUGGCCAUAAAAUCGCUCUCUGGACUUGAAAGCCAUUUAAAACUUGUAGUUCGCAUUGAAGAGGGCAAAGACGAAGGAUAUCAGGGAUCUGGAAAGAUUAUGUAUGAAGGAAUGGUCUGAACAAAUCAAUGUUUCUUGGUCACGUACACAGUUUAGCAAAUGUUAUAGUGAGUGCAGCAAAAUGAUUGUUACUAGCUCCUAACCAUGCAGUAAAAUGUCAAAUGGGUGGGUCAAUGACGGAUACGUUUAAAAAAAAGUGUUAAUGCUUAUUAAAGUUUUCUACCUUCA